AUGGCGGGCAGUUUCCUCGAAGACCUCUGGGAGUCUAUCUUCACCCCAGGUCCCACACCGACCCUCCUUAUCGCGACCAACGCCUCCUUCGCUGCCCUCCAGCUUCUCUUCUUCGCGCUCUUUAUUGGCACCUACAGUAUCCACUUCGUAAUCCUGUCCUUCCUCACUGGCGGCCUCUGGUACGGCAUCAACUGGUUCGCGAAGGAGAUAAGCAUAGCGCAGAAGGCAGAAGAGGAGGCUAAGCGCAUUCGCGCUGAGAGGCGCGGGAGUGAGAAGGACGCAGCUGGCGACGGAGACCAAGCAGACAUCGACACAGGGGAUGACACGGAAGUCGACGCAAAGGAGGAGGUGCAGAAGCAGACUGACGGGCUAGCAAAGAAGGAGAAGCGUGCCAGGCCCGAGACCCAGAGCACCGUGUUUGUAGACAGGCCCGAGAGGGAGCAGACACCCCGGGCUACUGCGAGCGCCUCCGGUGGUGGACCUGCUGGAGCAAGCACAACUGGCGCGUCGACUAGGCUUGCGCCGCUGGUGGACGGUGCGAUGAAGCAGCGGAAGGGCGGGCUUGGAGAGAGCACGGGGGAUUUGAGUACAGAUAGCGAGUGGGACAAGCUUUCCGAGGACUCGGAGGGGCGAUAG